UUUUACAGGAAGUGUAUUUACUAUACCAGCCAAUCACUAUGAUUUCCACUGUGACUAAAUGUUCCAUUUGAGUGGGACGACAUCAGUUACGCAAACACAGGCCAAUAUACAACAAUGAUCGAAGGACUGUCUGCUUUGAUUCUCCUAACCACAUUAUCUCUACAUCAGACUGUGGAGGUUCCUCAGCAGAUCCCUUUGAUUGUGGCUAACCUCGGUGAUAACAUCAAUCUGAUAUGUUCAGUUUCUGGGCAAGAAGCCUGGUUGUUUUUCUGGUAUAAGCUGAAUUUUGGAGACAUGGUCCAAACACUUGCUAAAGGAGCUUCUCCGGAUAUAAAGCUUCAAGGACAAUUUGACAGCCCGAGAUUCACAGUCAAGACAGUGGGUGAUCUGUAUAUUCUUACCAUAAGAAAUAUAAGCAAAGACGAUGAAGCAACAUACUUCUGUCAAGCAGGAGAGCCAUAUAUACUGACUUUUAUUAAUGGCACAAUUUUGGCUGUGAAAGAUCAUAAAAAUCAGCAGAAACACAUCUAUGUCAAACAAAGUCCGGAGACUGCGUCAGUCCAGCUGGGAAACUCGACGACUCUCCAGUGUUCACUUCUCUUCAAGCACAAAGAGAACCUGGUCCAGUGUCCAGGUGAACACAGUGUGCACUGGUUCAGAGCCGGAUCAGGACGCUCCCAUCCCGGCUUCAUUUACACUCAGAGCAGCAGGAGAGAUGAACAAGAGGAGAAGAGCUGCGUCUACAGUCUGUCCAAAACUAUACACAACUCCUCAGAUGCUGGGACUUACUACUGCGCUGUGGUCACAUGUGGAGAGAUCCUGUUUGGUGAAGGAACCAAAGUGGAGAUGAGUAUGUUGUAAAGUUUUAAUGAAAUCAAGAUCCAUCCAUAUUUCCUAAUUGCUCUGUUAGUUUCUGAGCACUGUGCUGAUGAUAGAAAAGAGAAGGUUCUUCUUCUCCAUACAGCUACAGGACAUUUCCUUGAUGAUUCAUACACUUGCUUUGACUGCUCAAUGUUGGGAACUAUUGGAUUAGUUUACACAGUUUACAGGCUCAAUGAGGAUUAUAAUGGAAUCAAUCUGAUUUUGGGUGGGGUUUGGCUUCCCUUUGCUUCAACUAACUUCUCUGUUUUUGAUUUGCUUGUGUGUGUGCGUGUGUGUGUGUGUGUGUGU